UCUCAUCGUGGAGUCCUAUAGCCCUUAUAGGUUUAGCAGACAAUUUGGUUUUUGUCAAGACAUCCCUGGAGACCUCAUGGAGCGACCAUACGAUGGCACAUUGCUAACACUAGCACAACUUUGGAAUUCUUCAAUUUGCCUUGGAACCUCUUCAAAAGUCAUAAUUCCGGUGCGCCCAUCAGAAGGUAGUUCGCCUUUAAUGACUCGUGAGUACAUGGAAUAGUGGCUAGCCAAUCGGACAAAUCCAUCAGAAAUGAGUCCUCGAAUUAUUUCACAAAAAUCAAAGCAAGAUCAUACACCUAUGUUGUCCAAAAGAGGUCCGACUCGAAUGAAAGAAAAAUCGCAUCCUUCUUCUAAGUCCGAGGUGCAACUUAAUGAUACUCCGCAAGCUCAUGAAACUUCUUAUAAAUCCAAAACCUUGAAGGAUGUUGAAACCCCUAUGGACAAAGGAGUUAAACGCGUCCGACUAGUCUCCAAGAAAAGUGCUACGGCUCCUAAGGUGACCAACAAUACUUCCAAAAGAAGGGAGCCUUCGAGUUCAUUGGACAAGGGCGCCAAAGAAACAUCAAGUCUCGCACCAUCUUGCAACAAAAAGUCUCGCCCUUCCUCUCUUCCUAUCGAUGUUGGAAAUACCAUCGCAUCCUCUAGUUCGACGGAGAGUAAUACAAGUGGAGAUCGACAUUGGAAUCGUUUAGAAAGGAAAUCGAAGGAGUCCGACGAUCACCAUAAUGAAUUCGCUGAUUUGGACGCUAUUAGCAUUGGAUCUGAUAUCCAUCUGGAUGGGGAUCCAAACUCGAUGAUGGGCUUGGAAGAAGUAGCAGAACAAUUGGGUUUCCAGAAACUAGACGGGAUGAACGCGGCUGAAGUUGUCGUUGAUCAGAUUACACAUCCGAAGACCUUCAGACCUUCCUCACAGCCAUUGUAACCUAGCGCGUCGAGCUUUGAUCCACAAGGGACUAUUUUCCGCUUCAAAUCAACUUUCGUCUCUGAGAUAUGGGGUGCAUUGUGCGGAUGGAUUACACAAUUUUCUUUAGGUUCCUUAGACAGCUUUAUGGUGUUGGAGGCAAGUAUUGCUUCGACUCUUGAGGAACUUAGGAAAAUCAAUAUUAUCGAUGUUUCUGCUUUGGAGGGUCUUGUCGAGAACUUCUUCAAGGCGUAUGCAGAGUAUGACUCUUUGAAAUCGUCGAAGAUGACUAAAGAAUUACACCAAGAAUCACUUUCAGAUGCACAACGGCGCCUCGAUGAUGCUAAACAAGAACAUGGAAAGCUAGAUGGGUCCAUGAAGGAGCUUCAGGCAAAUCUUGCGAAUGUGGAGAAAGACUUAGCAGCCUUGAACUCUAGGAAGGAGCAACUUACUGCAUUCCUUGACAAACACCAAGAGGAGUUGUCCAAAAAUCAAGAGAAAAUCGCCAUUACAGAGGGCGAGAUUCAUACUAUUGAAGCUAAUCAUGUGCUAUCUGAUGAAGAAGCAGAGAGACUAUCCAAGCUUGAAGAGGCGGUUGAGAAGAGUCGUCAACAAAUCCUAUGCUUCAAGCCUUUUCCGUGACUUAGAUUCUUGCUUAGGAUUUUUACUUUUUAAUUGCUUGUUAUGAUGUAGUGACAUUUCCUUCUUGAAGCAAUAAAAGUAGUCGCCUUUAUUUCAACAUGAAUUA